UGCAUGGCUAGUUCUAUACUUUCGUAUAUCAGAGUACAUUACUCUGUUCCUUUUUACACAGUACAUCGUCUGCAGUGACUUUGAGAGCUUUUAUGUUACAUGACAAUCUGCACUAAUAUACAAAGUACAGCUUUGGCUUUGUUGAUUGACUUGUUUGUGCAAAUCAAGUUGCAAAAACAACUACAAUUAAAAUCACCCUUCUGGACAAGUCAGUGCAAGUCAGUGUAUUUUCAUACGGCAUACAGCAUAGGGAGUACAGAAGUACAAUUUGAGCGUCGUUUUCUUGCUCUCCUUCAUUUUUCCUGUUCUUCAUAUUUUUUUUGUUGGUGGAUAAGUACAUGGUUACGCAGCACUUUAUGCUUUGGACUCUCUGAGUUUUUAUCAGGGAUAUCCUGUUUCACAAAAUCUGGACUUUAUUCAGACGUUUUAUAGAGAUUGUUUCUGUUUCCGUUUGUUAAUCCUAAUUUUGGGUUUUGGACAUUGGACAGCAGAAAGAAGGCUCGGGAUUUAGAGACCAAAACGGCGUAUUGUAUUCCGUAUCCAGCAACAGCAUACAGCAUACAGGAUACCGGAUACAGCAACAGCAACAGCAACAGCAGCCUCAUAUCGAGUGCA